AGUUCACGUCGCCAAUGACGUCGCAGCCCACACACUGGACAGACUGGAAGAGACGUUUCCCAUCCUCCAACUUUCGGUCGAUGAGGUGAUCUCACACCUCGGAGAAUCCAUCACCCACAGCCUGGAGGAUGCACAGGAAUGGGUCACCCUUGGGCGGAAAGGCCUAAUGAAGAGGACGACGGCUGCCAUGGAAAGGGUACAAGAGUCUGUGUCUGGACAGGCCACUGCAUUCCUCAACACAAGCCUGGGACAGGCACUGGAAGCUGGGGGGGUCCAAGUCCUGGUCAGGCUGGAUCGAGCAGUGGACCACUACCUUCCCAACAAUGAGGAAGAUGGCAGUGAAAACGGCUCAGCCGGCGACGGACAGGCGGAAGAGAAGACAGGUCUGGUCCCCCAGGCACGAAGGCUGUUACUGAAGUUUGGGCUCCGCUGGCAGCGCAGGGCAUUGGUUUAUACAGAGACCCUAUGGCAGGGGACUUUGACCAGAGCUCUGCUCAUCUCCGAGGGCCUGGACAGGCUGAGCAGAUCCCAGCCGCUGCCUCUCUGGCUCCUGGUAUCCGGAAUCAGCCGCCUGUCCCGGCUCCAGCUCCAGCUACAGGCACGUCUGUCCCGCACCGGCCGGAGCCUGAUGCAAAUUGGCCACAGCUGCCUGCUGCUCGCCCAGCAGCUGCUCUGGGGCCCUGAGCUCGCCAUGCUGGUGAUGAUGCUGUUCCUCAACAUACUUGUCAACCUGCUGCUGGAGCCAGAGGAGCAGGAGGAGGGCGAGGAGUCGGGGGAGGAUUCGGCGGACGAUCUGUAUGAUAUGGGCCUGUGGACGGGGCGUGGGCAGAGCUCUCAGGGGCAAAUGAUUCUCCUCGACCAGGAGACCGUUCAACGGAUGCUGGAACAGGCGAACCGGCGGCAGCACUCUCGCCACCAGGAGCAGCCGGAACGCGGCCUCAACCCCAGCCCCCGCCCCGAACUCCAGAGUCCCGACGAACGUAACAUAAACGAACAACCGUUCGGCCCACGCCGGCCCUCUCUGGCCGAGCAGGUCCGGGGAGAUCCUCGCAAUUCCCGGGCGCCUUCUGUAGCUGACAUCGCGCAGUGAGGCGGAGGGCCCCCAUCUUAUUUUGUCUGUAUUCGCUGUUACUCUGAACCCGGUCUGGAACGACCUACUGCUAAUGUGUUAUGACCUCGCUGGCGUGUCCAGCCACGCACUGGGCCCCGGCACCACUGCAACGACCCUUCUAACGACGGCGGAUUGUCACCCUGUGGGCUUGCCCGCACUGGACCGCAGUCAAUGAGGCCGCUGGAUAUUCACCUAUUGGUUUCCAAUGGACUCAAGCCUAGUGGUCACUGGCCCAGUGGAACGUUACCUAGUGGUCUCUGUCCCUGUGAGGUGUCCAGUGUGCUACCACAAGUGGAGUUUCCAGUGUGGUUUCCCAGUGGACUGGCACCCAGUAGUUUUGCAGUGGCCAUGCGCCCAGUACAGGGGUUCCAAUGGUACUACGACCAGUGGGGGGGGUUCCAUUAUACCAGCACCCAGUAAGAUUUGCAGAGCCCAGGGUUUACAUCACGUGAUCUAUGUUCGUUCCAGUCUGAUCAAAUUAUUAUAUUGAUCAUCGGGAUUGUCCGACUGGGAAUGAAUCGUGGGUGGGGUAAAGGGGAGGGGUAUGUGAUCACUUUGACACUGUCGACCUCUGGCAGUGGUCUGCCACUGGGAGACUCGGUGAGACUGCGACUCGGUGAGAAGUGAAUAGUUUACAGAAGUUCAGUACGUUAAUAGGCAAGAGCGAAAUUUGAUUUUUUUUCCUCUUGGGAAAGAACCAAUGAAAUGGAGACUAUGGAAAUAGAGAGAGAGUGGAGAUAACUACAGUGGUCGGGGGCUCCGUUUAUCAAUCACGGGGGUCUCGGGUGCGUCAGAUCCUAGGGAGCACGGAUGGUACGUUCUCCCGAAUUUCUAAGAACUGGUAUUUGGGGAAAAUCAGACUCCAGGUGUGGAGAGCACAGCUACACCGGAGGUGAGGGAAGAUUUGUGUUCUACUUGCCGCAGAGCAGUGAAGCUCGGGCGUUGGGAGUCAGGGCACGGAGCUGGUUAAGUCUCUGGUCAGGAAGGCAAUCAAGGGUUUUGCGGAAAGGGACGGGGAAAUAGGAGAGGAACGUGGGAUCAGCCACGAUCCUAAUGUAGGGCGGGACAGGCUGGGGCCGAAUGGCCUCCAGUUAUAGAGCCAUAUCCAGAAGGUUCUUAACCAGACUGUCCGUCCUAGUAACCCGGAGACAGGAGAGCGCUCGGCCAUACGGGGACUGCUCCAUCAAUAGCUUAUCUGAACCUUCCCCCACCCCUCCUCGACCGAAACUUGUAGACGGCCCCAGUGGUAACAAUCCCAGUAUCAUCUGUCUUAACAGCUCUCUCUGGAUGAUAGCUUCACAGUGCCCGAUGACAAUGCUCAGAAUUGUGCCCGCCACCCCACCAGUCGACUGUCGACUCCUCUCCAUAGACGCUGCUCGACUCGCUGAGUCCCUCCAACAUCUCACCUGUGGCUGCAGCUUCCAGCUCCCUAAAACGACUACACUUCUUCGACAUUUAAACAAAAACAAACAACAACGCCUACUGUUCAUCCCCUCCAUCGAUGCUGCCUGACCCGCUGAGUUCCUCUAGCAUUGCGCGUGUGUUGCUCGAGAUUUCCAAGAUCUGCAGAAUCAGUUUCCAACUUUAUUGCUAGUUCUAUUAACGAAAGCUUUUUCACACACUACCAAUUACACCGAUUUGUAAAAAAAACACAGCGAUUAUAAAUUAUAUUAUGUAACCUAUUAAAAUAGUAUUUACACAUCCACACUUUUCCCCCCACUUGUCGGGAAGCCAAUUUAUUCGUAUCUACUCUCCUGCGUCUCGUCGCGGAGCCGAC